AUGGCCCAGCUUCCUGCAAAGGGAGCUGAGGAUUUAUUGCUUAUAUCGGAGGAAGUCCAUCCUUCUUGGUUUUUUGGCAGUUUCCUUCGUGGAAACUGUUUUGUUGGACUGUUUGGAGGACUGGACAAUCUUGAGAUGGCCCAGGUCCCUGCAGAGGGACCUGAGGAUUUAUUAGUUAUAUCGGAGGAAGUCCUUCCAUCUUGGUCGCUUGGCAGUAUCCUUCAAAGGAACUUGUAUGCCGGACUGUUGGGAGGACUUUUUGCAGUGUUAUUCAUAUUAUUCCUGAAACAUCAGGAUAAAAACUUGGCUUGCGAGACAGCAGUUAACGAGGAACUAAGGAUUCCAUGUAAGCUUGAUAACUUGCAGGAUAGUAAUAUAAAUCUGGAAAAGGAAGUGGAGGAGGCUCACGAGAAUAUCUGCGACCUCCUCGAGGAUAAGACCCAGAUGGCUACAAAAGAGGAUGCUCUUUUGCAGAAGAUCCAGGAUUUGGAAAAAGAGUUGUCUAAUGUGAAAAAUUCCCAUGCUGAAGAGAUCCGUGAUCUAACCAAGGAAACUGAAAGGCAAUUGAGGGAAGCAGAAUAUACCGUGCAAGUUUUGGAGAAGGAAAAUAGAAUUCUGAAAAAGAUUAAUGACAAAACCGAAGGCUUAAUAGUUAAACAAGGAGAAGAGAUAGGUUAUUUGAACGCCCUCAUUACUACAAAAGAUUUAGCGUUGAUGAAUGACAGGCAGUGCAUUGAAGAGCUGCACAAGAGACUGAAAAAUCUUGAAGACGAACGAAAGCCACUCCAAGAACGCCUAAACGAAUGUGAGUCUGAAAAAGUAAAGACUGCAGAGGAAAUGGAUGAGAAAAUACAUACGUUAGAAGACAACCUUGAAUUUCAUCUAAACGAAAGGAAGGAUCAGAUGAAAACGAUGACAGGAGAGAAAGAACGGGAUAUGAGUGGCUUACAUUUCCUAAGGAUAGUGGAUGAGGAAGUCACUAAAUUAGAACAUCUAAUAAACAGCGCAGAAUCUGAUCUGGAAACUUGCAGACCACAGAUGAGUGAAGACGUACAAGGAAAAGUCUUAGCAGCCAUGGGAAAAGCCCGCCUCCUCAUUGCUCAGAAGGUGGAACAGUUUAGAGGGCUAUGUCAACAAAAUAUUGAUGGGCCCAAAGGUGAAGAGCCAGCUAUAAUGGAUGCAGAUCUGGCUGGCUUUUGGGACAUGGUGUCCAUCCAGGUGGAUAAUGUACACCACCUUUUCAAAGAAGUAAAUUUUCUUAAAACUAAUGGAUGGAAAGAGGACCUAAAUACACACACCACUAAUAAUGUCACCGAAGCGCCUAUGAAGAAGAAACCAGUGAAAGUUAUGAAAAAAGCUAUGAAGAGUUGCUCUGAGGAACAAAAGGCAAGAGACGAGGCCCGUAAGAAGCUACUAGAAGAGAGACGUAAGGCAAUGAAGGAGGCAACGAAAACAAACAGCAGCACAGAUGGAGUGGAAAUUCGUGUGACAGAAGAGAAAAUGUCUCAUUUGCAGGAAAAUUUACCAGGUCAAAAGGACGACAGGACAAAGAGCGAUGAAGGUGGCCCAGUUAAUGAAAAAACAGAGGAAGUUGAAAAACAAAAGGAAGGCCACCAUUUCUUACAGUUAGUUGACAAAGAAGUUUCUGGAAUACAAGACCUGAUAAAUAAUGCUGAAUCUGACCUGGAAACCUUCACACCACAGAUGAGUGAGGAGGUACAAGGAAAGAUCCUCGCUGCAACAGGAAAGGCGCGCCUCCUUAUCUCACAGAAGAUAGAACAGUUCAGAGGCCUUUGUCAACAGAAUAUUGAUGGGCCCAAAGGUGACGAGCCCGCUAUAAUAGCUGAAGAUUUGGCUGGCUUUUGGGACAUGGUGUUCAUUCAGGUAGAAGAAGUUCACGAGCUUUUCAAAGAGAUCGGUGAUCUUAAAACUAAUGGAUGGAAGCAGGACCUAAACACACAGACCACUAAUAAUGUCACCAAAGGCCCUGCAAAGAGAAAACCAGCUAAAGUUACGAAAAAGCCUAUGAAGAAUUGCUCUGAGGAACAAAAGGCAAGAGACGAGGCCCGCAAAAAACUACUGGAGGAGAGGCGUAGGACAAUGAAGGAGGCAAUGAAAGCAAAUGGCAGCACAGAUGGAGUGGAAAUUCUAGUGGUAGAAGAGAAAAUGUCUCAUUUGCAGGAAAAUUUGCCAGGUCAAAAGGACGACAGGACAAAGAGCGAUGAAGGUGUCCCAGUUAAUGAAAAAACUGAGGAAGUGGAAAAACAAAAGGAAGGCCACCAUUUCUUACAGUUAGUUGACAAAGAAGUUUCUGGAUUACAAGACCUGAUAAAUAAAGCUGAAUCUGACCUGGAAACCUUCACACCACAGAUGAGUGAGGAGAUACAAGGAAAGAUCCUCGCUGCAACAGGAAAGGCGCGCCUCCUUAUCUCACAGAAGAUAGAACAGUUCAGAGGCCUUUGUCAACAGAAUAUUGAUGGGCCCAAAGGUGAAGAGCCUGCUAUAAUAGCUGAAGAUUUGGCUGGCUUUUGGGACAUGGUGUUCAUUCAGGUAGAUAAUGUUCACGAGCUUUUCAAAGAGAUCAGGGAUCUUAAAACUAAUGGAUGGAAACAAGAACAAAAUACAAAGACGACUAAUAUUGUCACCAAAAGCCCUCCAAAGAGGAAACCAGUGAAAGCUAUGAAAAAAGUUUCGAAGAAUUGCUUUGAGGAACAAAAGGCACGAGACGAGGCACGCAAAAAAUUACUGGAGGAAAGACGCAAGGCAAUGAAGGAGGCAAUGAAAGCGAAACUAGCUCAACCUGAUGUAAAUGGUGGCAUGGAUGGAGUGGAAAUUCUGGUGUCAGAAGAGAAAAUAACCCAUUUGCAGGAGAAUACAACAGGUGAAAAGGAGGACAAAAGGACAAAGGGCGAUGAAUGUGCCGUAGGUAAUGAGAAAAUAAAGGAAGUGGAAAAACUAAAGGAAGGCCACCAUUUCUUACAGUUAGUUGACAAAGAGGUCUCUGGAAUACAAGACCUGAUAAACAAUGCUGAAUCUGACCUGGAGACCUUCACACCACAGAUGAGUGAGGAGGUACAAGGAAAGGUCUUAGCAGCAACAGGAAAGGCGCGCCUCCUUAUAUCGCAGAAGAUAGAACAGUUCAGGGGCCUAUGUCAACAAAAUAUUGAUGGGCCCAAAGGUGAGGAACCCACUAUAAUAGCUGAAGAUUUGGCUGGCUUCUGGGACAUGGUGUCCAUUCAGGUGGAUAAUGUACACCACCUUUUCAAAGAGAUAAGUGUUCUUAAAACUAAUGGAUGGAAAGAGGACAUUUAUACACAGGCCACUCAUAAUGUCACCAAAGGCCCUGUGAAGAGGGAACCAGUAAAAGUUACAAAAAAGGCUAUAAAGAGUUGCUCUGAAGAACAAAAGGCACGAAAUGAGGCCCGUAAGAAACUACUGGAGGAGAGACGCAGAGCAAUGAAAGAGGCAAUGAAAGCUAGACAAGGUCAACCUGAUGCAAAUGGCAGCAAAGGAGAUGUGGAAAUUCUGGUGGUAGAAAACAAAAUGACCCAUUUGCAUGAGAAUUAA